AGAUUGAGAUGGGUCUUAUCGAGUCCAACAACACAAACGCGCAGCUUCACAUUGCUCUUUUAAAGGGGAUACCACCGGUAAAUAAAAACAUUGACGAUGAAAAUGCAUGGAUCACGGUGUUGUGUAAGAAACUUUCUCCAUGGUGGCCAUGGAUUGCUACUGGUGAAAUUCCUUUAACUGCUAACAAAGGGAAGGAGAUAUCUGAAUACCAAGGACUUAACCCUAUUAAUCGCCUCAAGUUUCUCAAGGCACUUUGUGAGCUUCGA